CUUCUGCUGAGACCAUGAAGGGGACAGGAAAGCCCAGAGUCUAGAGGGGCCGAUCUUCUUGCACUUGCUGAUUUAGCUCUGUUGCUUGCCUGGGAGAAUGGUACCAGCAUAAGACUGUCAGCAACGAGAAGUGUGGACUCAUGUUUUCGUUGACCUUUCUUCACCUUGGAGGAGAGCAAAGCAGAACCUGGUGGUUAACUCCCUACCUCCUCGGCCUUGGGACAGUGAGAAAAGUUCAGUGUUGCUUAUGGUGGGAGUGAGGGAACUGGGGCUGGUUCAGAGUAGGCUUAUAUAUUAAACCAUCGUAUCAAAGGCUAGCCGCAGGCAAGAAGUGUAACCCGAGGAGAAAGGACACUAGUGUGUUUGAGCGUGCUGAGGGAUUCUUGCAUGACCUGUCACUGUUUGAAUGCUGUAGCCCAAGCAGGUCUUUCUGGUUUUUACGAAGGUGGUGGGAGCUGAGUGGGGUGUGGGCUCAUUUCUAUUCAUCCAUGGACAUCUCCACAAUCUUCUUAUAUGUAUUUUUUUAAUUCCCCUCUGGAUAUAACUUGGAGAAAUAGUGUCCAUCAAGUUCGCUGCCACCUGGACUCAAACCAGCUGAACUGAUUUUGGAAGAUACCCUUGCUUGCAUCCCUCUGGAAGCACUGGAGGAGGAGGAGAAGAAAUUUGUCAUCAUUGCUGUGGUUUGAGGAAAACAUUUCUUUUGACUUUGGAGUGAUUUACUAGGAGGAUCUGUGUGAUGUCCUGAUCUCCCUUGCCAUUCUCUGUGCUGAGCAUGGGGUAGCACUGUUUGACCAUGGUGGUCACCCAGUUACAAUUGGAACUGUGCUUUCAUGGCAAGAAGCUGAGAGGUUUCACCUGCAAGUUGACCAGAUCAGCUAAUGGAUUUCUUCCAGAGACCUCAUUCUCCAUUGCCUCCCAGAUUUUCUUGCCGUUUCUUCUGGCUGGCUUGGGCAUGGUAGCUGCUGGCCUCCUGAUGGAUGUUGUACAACACUGGGAUGUUUUUCGGACAAUUACAGAAGUUUUUAUUCUGGUUCCUGCCCUGGUUGGCCUGAAGGGUAAUCUUGAAAUGACACUGGCAUCCAGACUCUCUACUGCUGCUAACACCGGACAGAUGGAUGAUACCCAAAAGCAGUGGAAAUUGGCCACCUGCAAUUUAGCUUUGAUCCAGGUCCAGGCCACGGUGGUGGGACUUCUGGCUGCUGUAGCUGCUGUGAUCCUGGGAGCCAUCUCUAAGGGCUCUGUGGAGCUAAGCCAGGCUGCUGUGCUGUGUGCCAGUAGCAUGACCACUGCUUUUAUAGCUGCACUUUCUCUUGGUCUGGUGAUGAUUGGCGUGAUCAUCGGUGCAAGGAAAGUUGGGAUCAAUCCAGACAACAUUGCCACGCCCAUAGCUGCGAGCCUCGGAGACUUGAUAACCCUUUCCCUGCUGGCAGGAAUCAGCAGUACACUCUUCAAGUACAUAGAUGUGAAAUACCUUUCUCCUCUAAUCUGUGCUGUCUUCAUUGUCCUCAUUCCUCUCUGGGUUGCUAUCGCCAAGCAAAGUCCUUCCCUUGCUGAAGUCCUGAAAUCUGGAUGGCAGCCGGUCAUUGUUGCAAUGAGCAUCAGCAGCAUCGGUGGGCUGAUCCUGGACAAAACUGUAACUGACCCAAACUUUGAAGGCAUGGCAGUUUUCACACCUGUGAUUAAUGGUGUUGGAGGGAAUCUUGUAGCCAUCCAGGCCAGCCGUAUUUCCACAUUCCUGCACUUCUGGAGCAUGCCUGGAGUUUUGCCGUACAAGAUGAGGCAGAAUUGGCCCAACCCAUGUACCACUUUCUUCUCAUCAGAAGUGAAUUCCAAGUCAGCCCGAGUCCUGUUCCUCCUGGUUAUCCCAGGGCACCUCGUGUUCCUCUACACCAUCCAUCUGCUGCAGGGAGGCCAUACGUCUCUAUCCUUCACUUUUGUGAUACUUUAUCUGACUGCUGCUUUGUUGCAGGUGGGAAUCCUGCUCUACGUGGCUGACUUAAUCGUGCGCCUGAUGUGGAGGAAGGCACUGGAUCCAGAUAAUUUCUCCAUCCCCUACCUCACUGCCCUAGGGGAUCUCUUGGGCACAGGAUUCCUGGCCGUCUGUUUCCGCCUGGUCUGGCUCAUCCAUGGUGCAGACAUGAACUUGGGAAACUAAGAGACUGCGCUGCUCCGCAUCACUAGUUCGACAUGGUGCUUUCCUUUGGGACAACAGGGUACUUGGCAACGAGAGCUGGGUCACCUGGCUGGAUUGGGUCUCCCCUCCUUCCCCCAGCACCCUGCCUCUCCUCCCCACUGUGCCUUAUAGCUAGGCUCCGUCCGCCCCAAGGAAUUGGCACCCACAGACCUGCACCGGGGCAGGUGAGCAAGCCAGUUUUAAGCAAUCCUGUGGCUCUCGUGUGCUCUGCAAAUGAAGCAUUAAGGAGUACUUGGGCCAUAUUGUAAUGAACGAGUAUUUUGAUUGGCUUCAAUCUCUAGCAUGGUAACAGCCAGUGAGGCUGGUCCGAAGCCUGUGGAGGUCGCUGGAUCAGGUCCUGCAAAUGGAUGUCGCAACAUCGCCAUCAAGCUCUGACUUUAGAUCAAGGAAAGUAUUUUCUUGGCCCCCUUUCUCUCUCGUCCCUUGGGAGGGAGAGCAACCACAUCUUUAGACUUAUCUCCUCUCUGCGGUUCAGAUGCUCAGGGUCUGAUGCUCUGAGUUCCUUGCUGGCUCAUGCCCAGAGGGAGGUUAUUUAGGGACACCGCCUACCUAAGCAGUGCUGUUUUUGUCUGACUGACAAGCUGGAUGGAUUGUAUUUUGAGGGUAAGAGGGCUGGUUUUGUUUUUACGGUUUAUGGAACAUCUAGUAGCUAAAAAGUUUAUAGAAACACACAUACAAAUAAAGUGAUUAAAAAAGGUAA